AUGCUUCAUAAAAAGAAAGACAGGCGCCAAUAUCCUAAUAAGGUAGAAUUAGAAAAGCGACAUGAAGUAGAUGAAAGAGAAACACGAGUUAAUAACAUAGAACAACAUUCUGAAGCUUAUAAUAAUCAUGAAUCUUUAGAUCAGCAAAAAUUAUCAAGCCAUCCGAUUCCUUCAGAGAAGCGUAACCCUCGUCAAUUACCGAAAAUUAUAACUGAUCCAACAAAACUUGCCAUUAUUAGUGAUUAUAACAGAAGAAAUCAUCAAAUCAGAAAAUCCAUCAAUAAACAAGAAAUAAAGCCUGCACAAGUUUCUCCAGGAAUUUGUCCAAAUUGUAAUGGUCCAAUUGAUGAGUUUGGUUAUUAUGCUAGGUGGUGUUUGCCAUGUCAAUCAAAACGUUUCAAAAAUAAUUUUAGUUCUUGGUCAAGUGGUCAUGAUGAUAUCGAUAUCUUUAUUCAAAGAACACAACUUUAUUCCAAAAGUUGGGUUGACUUCUUAGAAUGGAUACCUUAUAAUAACUUCAAAAACAUCAAAAAAAUUGGUUCUGGUGGUUAUGGUUAUGUUUAUAAAUCAAUGUGGCUUGAUGGUCCACAUGAAAAAUGGGACUCAAAUACCGCUCAAUACAUAAGAUGUGGUAAAUGGCGUGUUGUUUUGAAAUCAUUUGAUAUUUCAGCGAAUAAAAAUCUCUUUUACGAACUGAGAAAAUAUCUAGACUCCGGUAUUAAUAAUGGUUUAUAUAUUUCUCGGUAUUACGGAAUAACCCGAGAUCCCAUCACAAAAAAUUAUAUGAUGGUUAUGCAAUAUGCGAGUGACGGCGACUUAAGAAAAUAUUAUGAACAAAACUCUAAGUCUUUAACAUGGCAAAAGCGUUUAGAUAUUCUACAUAGCAUUACGGCUGGUCUCACACGCAUUCAUAUUAACAAUCUUGUUCAUCAAAAUUUACAUACUGGCAAUAUACUUAUACACUCAUCAAUGGCUCUUUUAAGUGAUCUAGGUUUUUAUAAACUAUCAGAUGGUGAUGAAGGAUUAUACUGUGUUUUACCUUUCACUGCUCCUGAAACUUUACGAAAUAAACUAUUUACCAAGGAAUCAAACAUUUAUAGUUUUGGAAUGAUAAUGUGGGAAUUGGCGUAUUGUAAAAAACCUUUUUCAGACCGUGCUCAUAAUUUGGAUCUUGCCAUUGAUAUUUGUGAAGGUUUUCAUCCGGCAUUCAAAUCUAAAAUUCCAAAAUGUUACUUUGAUAUUAUGAAUCAAUGUUUAAGUCUUGAUCCUUCCAUGAGACCUACUGCUGAACAACUUUACCAAACCUUUGGUGAAUGGUUGUGCAUGUUAUCAAGCGUUCCUAAUUCUUAUAUUGCUGAACAGUUUCAAGAAGCAGAAGAAGGGCUGUCACUUUUUGAUAAUAAGUUUGAAGUUCACCCGGAAGCUAUAUACAAUAGUAGAUAUUACAAUUUUAAAGAACUUGAGUUGUUACCUUAG